CGCCCGCGGAGGGUGCGACCAAACUAGAGCCCAGAGGGGCGUGGCGGCGCAUGCAAAUCAUUGGGCAAGGGGCGGAGCCAGGCCCGCUAAGGCCCGGAAGCUGGACUGCGUAUGCAAACUCCUAAGCAGGGGGUGGAGCCAGGCUCCUUAUGGGCCCAGAGGAGGCGGGACUGCACGUGCAAAUCGUUAGGACUGGGGAUGGGACGACAAUGUAAAUCGCUUGGCCGCGGAGGGGGCGGUUUCAGGUUCUCCGAGGGCGGAGUGGGGCCCCACUCGGAGCGUCGCCGAGCAUGUAAAUCAGUUGCCGUGGGGCGGGGUCAGGUUCUCUAAAGCGCGGGAGUGGCGGGGCCACACCGGUGAAGCCCAUGGACUGGGGGAGGGGCCAGGCUCUCGUGCCAGAGCUGCGGGUCCGCACCGGUAGAGCACUUGGACUGGGGGCGGGGCCACGCAUGUAGAUCACUUGGCCGGGGGCGGGGCCCGGCUCGCUAAUGUACCAGAGCGGCGGGGCCGCACCGGUAAAUCACCUGGACUGGUGGCGGGCCCACGCAUGUAAAUCGCUUGCCCGCAGAGGGGGCAGGGUCAGACUCUCCGAGGACACCGCGGAGGGCGGUCCCACUGGGGACCGGACCGGAGUCCUCCCGAGCGCGGGCGCGGUCCCGGGCCGGGGCGUGGCCGGAGCGCCCGCCGGUGAAGUCAUAGCGGUGCCCGCGCCCGUCCCGGCAGAGCUGUCCCGGGGCGCGUCAGCCGCAUCCCGGCUCCCAUGGCGGCAGCCGGAGAGCCGGAGUCGCCCCUGGAGGCCCCCGCCGCGGAGCCCGCGCCGCCGCCGGCCUGCCGCUUCUUCCUGGAGGGCCGUUGCCGCUUUGGCGCCCGCUGCCGCCAGCCCCACCCCGGGGCGCCGGCGCGGCCCAGCGGGCAGGCGGAGGCCGAGGCCGGCGCCAAGAAGCCGCCGCUGCGCACAGCCGCGGCCGUCAUCCAGCGCAUCCUCUGGGACCCGCGCCUCGACCCGGCCGACUUCUCGGUGGGCUACGUCGACCGCUUUCUGGGCGUGCGCGAGGAGCCCUUCAGCGCCUUCUGCUGGGACGAGCCGCUGGCGGCGCUCGGGCCGGGCGUGCUGGCCGUGCCGCAGCACCGGGUGCGCUACUUCCGCUUCCGCGGCCGCGUCGUGUGGGACCGCGCCUCGCGCACCGACCACGUCUUCGGCUCGGGCUCGGCGGCGGGCCGUGGGCCCACCAUCCUGGAUGUGCUCGACAGCGGGGACGCGCCAGACAGCGGGCACGCACCCGACGGCCGGGACGCGCGGGAGACCGGGGACGUGCAGGGGACUGGAGAAGCGCACACCGGUGAGGACAAGGCUGAGGACGCACACUGGACUGGGGACGCGCAGGACGGCCUAACUGCGGGCCCCGUUGGCGCCCCAGGGGGAGAGCACAGAGAGCGGGACUGGAUGGGACUCGAGGCCACCUUUGCUCGGGAUAGCGGCGGCUCAGAGGCCCAGUGCCUGGCGGUUGCCUGGCCAUCUGGGAAGGCCCGGGAGCGGGAGCUGGGCGGGGCUGGAGGCCAGGCUUCCCCGUGGACAAGGCAAAAAAGGCGUCUGAAACCAGCCACUGCCGUCCCCAGGACCUCGGAGCCUCAAGUCAUGGCAGCCCCAGGGCGGACCCCAGACGGCUUCCCUGAGAAGGCAGCACAGUGGGGUAUCGGGGCCUGGCCCCUACACAGUGGAGACGACACCGUGACCAGACCUGAAACCCCUCGCCAGCCCCGGCCCACGCAUUUUGUGGCCCUGAUGGUGACGGAGCCUGGGCUGCAGGCAGGAAUGGCCAAGGCCCAGGAAGAGCUGGUCCAAGCCGCGCCAUCAUGUGCUGCUUUCAUGGUACCGGUGCAGGCCCUACAUCUGACACUGGCCCUGCUGCGGCUGGCGGGCCCCGGGGAAGCAGAGGCCGCGGUCUGUGCUCUAAGACGCGUGCUCUCGGCCCCAGGGCUUCAGGCACCCCCUCGGAUAAGCUUUACACGCCUGGUGCUCCUGGGCCACCAUGUGCUCUGUGCCCCACCCUCCCCUUCCCUAGAAAGUAUGGCCCAAGGGCUGGGCCACAGGCUGGAGGCAGAAGGGCUCAGAGUGCUACAGCCCCCUGGAGGGCUGCACCCCCACCUCACCCUGGCCAAGGUGCCCCAGGGUUCCCACAUCUGCCUUCCUGGGCCUGGGUUCAGCCCCGGGCAGGAGAUGGGGAGCCAGCCCCUGGGGAAAGUCUGGCUGUGCCGCAUGGGGAGGGCAGGGGGCACCUACCAGCCCCUGGCUGAGAUCCCCCUGGGGUGACAGUCCCUGACCUCUGGGACAGGCAAAUUGGAUCUCAACCCCAAAAG